GCCAUCUUGGGAUCUGUCGCCAGCUUCCCUUUCUUCUCCCGAGUCCCGGGUGAUUGUGUUCUGGCCUGUGUCGCUUAGGCCACUGCGGUGCGGGCAGAGCCGAGGGCGGAGCUGGGGUCGGGGGAGCGGGACAUGGGUUGCUGCCUUCUAUUACUCAGGGUCUGAGAGGCUGGGAUCUGAAGCCCUGUCCACCGGAGGCACUGGUGUGAGGACUAUCCAAUCAGUCUCACAGACAGAGAGGAAGAGUCAGCCUACAAGCUGUUGCUGGGCUUUUGCCUCUGAAUCUGCAAUCCUCCCAUCAUCUUGUGUUCCGCCGACUCUUCUACCCUUGCUCAGGAGGCCCAGGAGACUGCUGUGUCAUCUGCACACGCUGCUGUUGAGACAGACAAGGGAGAACGUGGGAUGUCUGCGAAUCCGGAAAUGGAGUCAGUCUCCUUUGAGGACAUAGCUGUGGACUUCACCUGGCAGGAGUGGCAUGAGCUAAAUAUUGCUCAGAAGAUCCUGUACAGAGAUGUGAUGCUGGAGAACUACAACAGCCUGGUGUUCUUGGGGCACUGCAUGACCAAACCCGAGUUGAUUUUCAAGUUGGAGCAUGUGUUUGAACAUUGGAGCAUAGCAGAGGCCUCAAACCAGAUACUUCCAGAUGUUCAUAAAAUGAGUGCUGUGAAUAGGACCGGUCAAGAAAAUCAAGAGAAGCAUUUGUGGCAAGUCAUAAUCACCAACAACAAUAUGUCAAAUGAAGAGAUGGUUGAAUGUUCUCUGGGAAUUGAAGGUGGUGUUAAUCGUAUUUUCUUGAAUCACUACAUUAAUAGAAAGGGGUUGGUGUCAUUUGAGGAUGUGUCUGUGGACUUCACCUGGCAGGAGUGGCAGGACCUGGAUGCUGCUCAGAGAAUCCUGUAUAGGGAUGUGAUGCUGGAGAACUACAACAGCCUGGUGUUCUUGGGGCACCAGCUGACCAAUCCUGAAUUGAUCUUCAAGUUGGAGCCUGGAUUUGGGCCUUGGAGUAUAUCAGAAUCCUCAGUCCAGAAUCUCCCAGAUAUCAAUAAAGUGAAUGCUCUAAUUCAGACCAACCAGGAAAAUGAAGAGAGACAUUUGUGGAAAGUUGGUAUCACCAAUAGCAGUCCAUCAAAUGAAGAAAUGUUUAAAGCAGAAAUCAUGGUCCAGCAGAGUAUCCACGAGAUGACAAAAUCCUGUGAAUGUAAAGCAAGUGUGAAAAUGGCUUACCAGAAGUCACUACACAGAAGGAGUGACACAUCUCAUGCAUGUAGCAAUCCUUAUGAAUGUAAGGAAUGUACGAAAGCUUUCUAUAUUAAUUCAACUCUUACUAAAAAUCAGAGAUUUCACAUAGGUGAAAAAUUACAUGAAUGUAAAGUAUGCCUGAAAACUUUCUAUUGGAAAUCACACCUUACUACACACCAGAGAACUCAUACAGGUGAGAAGCCCUAUGAAUGUAAUGAAUGCAGGAAAGCUUUCUACUGCAAGUCAUUACUCACUCGGCAUCAAAGAACUCAUACAGGUGAGAGGCCCUAUUUAUGUAAAGAAUGUGGGAAAGCUUUCUACCGUAAGUCAGACCUUACUGUACAUCAGAUAACUCAUACAGGUGAGAAGCCCUAUGAAUGCAACAAAUGCAGGAAAGGUUUCUACCACAAGUCAAAACUCAUUGUGCAUCAGAAAAUUCAUGCAAGUGAAAAGGAGUAUGAGUGUAAAGAAUGUAAGAAAGCUUUCUAUUGCAAGUCACUGCUCACUCGACACCAGAGAACUCACACAGGUCAGAAACCCUAUGAAUGUAAUGAAUGCAACAAAGCUUUCUACCGCAAAUCAGACCUUACUGUACAUCAAACAACUCAUACAGGCGAGAAGCCCUAUGAAUGUAAUGAGUGCAAGAAAGCUUUCCAUCAUAAGUCGCAUCUCACUGCACAUCAGAAAACACACACCAGUGAGAAGAUUUAUGAAUGUGAAGAAUGCAGGAAAGCUUUCUACCGCAAGUCACAGCUCAAUGUACACCUGAAAACACAUACAGGUGAGAAACCCUAUGAAUGUACAGAUUGUACAAAAACUUUCUAUUGGAAGUCAGACCUCACUAUCCAUCAAAGAACUCACACAGGCGAGAAGCCGUACGAAUGUACAGAAUGCACAAAAGCUUUCUACUGCAAGUCACAUCUCACUCGACAUCAGAGAAUUCAUUCAGGUGACAAGCCUAAUGAAUGUGAAGAAUGUGGAAAGUCUUUCUACUACAAGUCACAACUCUCUCGGCAUCAGAGAACUCAUACGAAAGAGAAACCCUUCAUAUGUACAGAAUGUGGGAAAACUUUCUACUGCAAGUCAGAUCUUACUGUUCAUCUGAGAACUCACACUGGUGAGAAGCCAUAUGAAUGUAAUGAAUGUGUGAAAGCUUUCCACCGCAAGUCCCUACUUACUCGACACCAGAGAACUCAUAUAGGAGUGAAGCCCUAUGACUAUGGGAAAGAUUUCUCCUACAAUUCACAACUCUAUGUCAGAGAACUUGUACAAAUGGGAAGUCUUGUUGAUGUAAAGAAUUUAGAAAUGAUUUCUCUGUCAAGUCUCAACUAUUAUAUCACAGAACUCACAAAGGUGUCUAUGGAUGUAUGGAAUGUUGGAAAUAUUUCUCUGGGAAGCCACAACUAAUUCUAUCAGAUUUCAUAAAGGUAAGAAUUAAUUAAGAAUAUACGAAAUCAAGAAAAGCUAAACAUAUGGGGACUCAUGAGAAACCCCAUGAACAUAGACAAUUCAAUAUAACUUACUAUAAUAAGCUAUUCCUCAGUAGACAUCAGACAACAUAUGUAGAUGAGGAUAAUAAUAAUGUAAGAAAUGUGUAGAAACUUUCCAUCUUACAUCAUUUCUUAUCAUCAGACAUCAUACAGUUGUUUGAUACCAUUACUGUAAAUAAUGUAGGAUAUCUUUGUACCAUAAUUCUCCACAUAAAGUCAUGCAUGUGAAACAUCCUAUGAAUUUAAUAAAUGUUGGAAUACUUGGUAUGAUAAAAUAGUAGGCAUCAGGAAAUGCAUGCAUGUAACACUUUCAACAUAUAGAAUACAGUAGUUUGCUAACAAUAUACAUUGUCAGUUGAUAUUUGUACUUAGAGGAACAACCUUAGGAAAGGACAUAGGAAUACUUUGGGAAAUAAUCAGACCUCAGAUGAGGGAUAAGGCCCUGUGGAUGAAGUGCUUGCCACACAAAUACGUGAGACUGAGUUCAGGCCCCAUUACUCACACAAACUCCAGGUGUAACUGUUGAUGACCUUUAUCCCAGACCUGGGUAUCAGAAAUAGGAGGAUUACUAGGAAUUUCCAGCCAGCUACCUAGCUGAGUCAGUGUGCUUGAGGAUUGGUGAUGUGCCCUGUCAAACAAUUAAUAAGGUGAGGGUAACGAGGGAAGACACUGAACAUUAACCUCUAGCCUCUAUAUGCAUGUAAAUGUGUGUAUGCACCUACCCACACACAUGCAUUCACAUAGAUAGGAACAUAAUUAUGCCAAUACAUACACACACAAGAAAGGAAGCCACAUUUUCCUCUGUAUAGAAAUUCAUGCACUAUAUAAUACAUAAUAGCAAUGCAGAGAAAAUAAUUACCCUAGUCCAGUGACAUAUGCUUUCAGCACCACCCCAUUUAGUUUCUAGUGCUGUGGAUCACUGGGACUUGGGUUCCUUACUUGUCUUAUCAAUAUAGCAAGACACUGCAUUUUUUUUUCUUAAUUGUAAGUGGUCCUGGGGCUGGUUGGAUGGCUCAGCUAUUGAAGGUCUUGCAUGCAAAGCUUUCCAGUUUGGGUUACAGGCAUUCAUUUGUAGGGGCAAGAGUACACAGUCAUAUAUAAAAAUACAUACAUAUACAUGCCAAUAAAAGUAUUUCUAAAAAUUUGAAUGUGGGCCUCCCAUAACUUUUUACAACCUACAUAUAUUAAAAGACAUGAAACAGUGUGUGUCAAAAACUUUUAGUACAACUUGAUUCUUGCUAGGCAUUAAAAAUCCAACAAAAUCUGAUAAAGCAUAGGAGUACAAUGUAGAAAAUAUUGUUGAUAUAAUUUUGCUGACUGUAUUCAAUAAUCAUAGUAGAAAUCAUUUAUCAAGAAUGUAGAAUAGUCAUUUAGCCACUCUUCCACAUUAGCAGAGAUUGAGUCACUUAUUAAUGUGAGCUUGCAGUUGAAGGUGAAGACUUAAUUGGGCUCAGCUGUAGUAUAAUGCUAAGUUUGUGUGUGUAAAGUCUUUUUAUUAAUAUCUCUUACUUGAUAUAUUUCUUUUUAAAAUUACACUUAGAAAUCUCUUUUGUAAAUGUAAGCUAUCAUGGAGAAAUUACAGCAUAUUUAGAAUAUGUACUCGAUCAAAUACAUUUAUUUCAUUUUGUUCAGUGAAAUAAUUUUUCAUAAUUGCUCACUUUUCAUCUAAGGUCUUAAUUAUAGGCUAUCCUGUGUUUGAAGUCACAUUGUAUCCAUUUAUGUUCAUAUUGACAAACCUCCUCCACCAUUUUCCUGACUAUUUUGGUUAUAUUCAUGUGUUAACAUGCCCAGACAUAAGUUUCUUUAAUGUAUGUACAUUUUCAAGAAACAUUCAAAUUUCUAUACAUCCUAAAUUUGUGGGGGAAGAUGUUGUUUUAUGUAAAUUACUGUAUUUCCCAAUUAGAGUUGUUAAAUAUGGCUUUGUAGACUAAAUUAUUCAAUUAUAUUGCAAUAAAGCAUUAAAAUAUUCCUAUA